ACUAAAUCCGAAAUAAACAUGGAUAUAACAAGAUUACCUAACGACAAGAAAUUACAAUUAUGCAGGUGGUACUUCAAAGUCGGUUGCGUGUUCUUACCGUUCGUGUGGGCGGUGAACGCGGUCUGGUUCUUCAAGGAAGCCUUCACGAAGCCGCCGUUUGAUGAGCAGAAGCAAAUCAAGAGGUAUGUGGUUAUGAGCGGCCUGGGAGCCCUGGCGUGGGCGGUGGGGCUGAUCUCGUGGGCGCUCAUCUUCCAGGCGCGCCGGGUGGCGUGGGGCACCACGGGGGAGGCGCUGUCUUUCGUGCUGCCACUGGGCAGGGCUUAGUUAUAAGUCUAACCUUCUGUUACGUCGUUUUUUUCAAGUAGUAAAUAUCCCAAUCAAACAGUAAUUUUAAGUAUCUGGGGGCACAGCUUAAAUUAAUUAUACAUACAGGGUGUCCCAGAACGCCCACGUCACAGUGACACCGGAGGUAGGUUAACGACCCUAACCAGCCUAACAUGACACCAGUAAAAGUUGCAUGGUUUUCGAGUUAUUACUGGAAAAAAAAUUGAGAAUUUUCCCCUUUGUUUUAACAUUUGUAGUACCAGCAUCGAUUUGGAAAGCUCUUACUGACAAAAUAACACUUCUCACUUCUAAAUUCACUAUUUAAAAAGUGAUACACAAAAAAAAAAUUAAGAGCUGUCAUUGUGACAUGGUACUUCUGGGACACCCUGUAUAUGCACUACUUAUACCUUUUGAUUUAUAAUUUUGAAUGGGCUGUAUUUCAAAAUAAAUUUUAGGGGAUUUUUGUCUCUAAAUAUGAUCAGGAAUACGCUGUUAAAAUUAUUCGGUUUCCUCAUGUUACACCGUGUAUUAAAAACUCCUGUACUGCUAUAACAUUAUAAGGGGUCAUCCAUUAAUUACGUCACACGUUGAGGGGGAGGGAGGGGGUC